GGGGGGGGGGGGGCUCUUGGUCAUUCCCGGGUCCGGGUCCGCUCUGACCCCGCCUCGAAGCGCGCCCCGCGGUCAUGCAGGGCCUUUUACCGCGGGACCCCGGGAGCCGCAGUCGCCCUCCCCCGCGCACGCCUGCGGGGACGCUGACCAGCCAAUCAGUGAGCAAGGAAGUCGGGGGGCUUUCCCCGCGGCCGCCCGCCCGGCCAGGGGGGCGGGGCGGGCAGCGCAUUUAAGGGCGCGCCGCCUCCCGCGCUGGGCAGGCGCUCGGCCGCCCGAGGAGCAAGGGACCCGCCGCCGCCGCCGCCGCCACCGGCCCCGCCACGUGGGACCCCCGCCCGCGCCAUGAGACAGAAAACGGAAAUUUACUCUGUGGAGCUAGACAUUGAGAAAACAGACAAGGGGGACGACAAGGAGAAGUGCAGGGGCCUGAAAAAGACCUGCUUAGAACGCCAAAAGAAUCAGCAGAAAGAGGAGCUUAAGAAAGAACUUGACGUGGAUGACCACAAACUCAGCAGUGAGGAAUUGGAAACAAAAUAUGGUACUAACAUCAUUACGGGUCUCUCCAGCACCCGGGCUGCCGAGCUCCUGGCUCGGGACGGGCCCAACGCCCUCACCCCCCCCCAGAAAACCCCGGAGAUCAUCAAGUUCCUCAAGCAGAUGGUGGGGGGGUUCUCCAUCCUCCUGUGGGUGGGAGCCAUCCUGUGCUGGAUCGCAUAUGGGAUCCAGUACACCAACGACCCGUCCUCCUCGCUGGACAACGUGUACUUGGGCUCCGUGCUUGCCUUGGUCGUUAUUUUAACCGGGGUCUUUGCUUAUUACCAAGAGGCGAAAAGCACCAACAUCAUGGCCAGCUUCCGCCAGAUGAUCCCGCAGCAAGCGCUGGUCAUUCGAGAUUCAGAGAAGAAGACAGUUCCCGCACACCAGCUGGUCGUGGGGGACAUCGUGGAGAUUAAAGGUGGAGACCAGAUCCCUGCAGACAUCAGGCUGCUGUCUGCUCGGGGGUGUAAGGUGGAUAACUCAUCUCUUACUGGGGAGUCUGAGCCCCAGCCCCGCUCCUGUGAGUUUACGCACGACAAUCCCCUGGAGACAAAGAACAUCGGCUUCUUCUCCACAACGUGUCUGGAAGGCACAGCGACUGGCAUGGUCAUCAGCACAGGCGACCGCACCACCAUCGGGCAGAUAGCCUCGCUGGCGUCGGGAGUCCAGAACGCGAAGACGCCCAUCGCCAUCGAGAUCGGGCACUUUGUUCACAUCGUGGCAGGAGUGGCGGUCUCCAUCGGUGUCCUUUUCUUCAUCAUCGAGGUGUCCAUGAAGUAUAACGUCCUGGAAUCCAUCAUCUUCCUCAUUGGCAUCAUUGUGGCCAAUGUGCCUGAGGGUCUCCUGGCCACUGUCACUGUGACUCUAUCACUGACAGCAAAGCGGAUGGCCAAGAAGAACUGCCUGGUGAAGAACCUGGAGGCAGUGGAGACUCUUGGCUCCACCUCCAUCAUCUGCUCCGACAAGACUGGGACCCUGACGCAGAACAGGAUGACCGUGGCGCACCUGUGGUUCGACCACCAGGUCUUCGUUGCAGACACCAGUGAGGACCAAUCAAAUCAAGUCUUCGAUCAAAGCUCUGCAACCUGGGCCUCGCUGUCCAAGAUCAUAACGCUGUGUAACCGCGCCGAGUUCAGACCGGGACAGGAGAGCGUCCCCGUUAUGAAGAAAGCUGUGACUGGAGAUGCCUCAGAAACUGCUCUUUUGAAAUUCUCAGAGGUCAUUUUGGGUGACGUGAUGGAAAUUAGGAAAAGAAACCGCAAAGUAGCCGAAAUCCCUUUUAACUCGACCAACAAGUUUCAGCUCUCCAUACACGAGACGGACGACCCCGACGACAAGCGCUUCCUCGUGGUGAUGAAAGGGGCCCCCGAGCGGGUCCUGGAGAAGUGCAGCACCAUCAUGGUCAACGGCCAGGAGCAGCCCCUGGACGGGAGCACGGCCGAGGCCUUCCACACGGCGUACAUGGAGCUGGGCGGCCUCGGGGAGCGCGUGCUGGGUUUCUGUCAUCUCUACCUGCCGGCAGACGAGUUUCCAGAAACCUACUCGUUUGAUACAGACACGAUGAACUUUCCUACUUCCAACUUCUGUUUUGUGGGCCUCUUGUCAAUGAUCGAUCCACCCCGGUCCACGGUACCUGAUGCGAUCACCAAGUGCCGGAGCGCAGGGAUCAAGGUCAUCAUGGUUACAGGCGAUCAUCCGAUCACCGCCAAAGCUAUUGCCAAGAGCGUAGGUAUCAUUUCCGCCAACAGUGAGACAGUAGAAGACAUUGCAAAACGCCUCAACGUUGCUGUGGAGCAAGUUAACAAGCGGGACGCCAAGGCUGCUGUGGUGACCGGCGUGGAGCUGAAGGACAUGAGCCCAGCACAGCUGGAUGCGCUCCUAGCCGACCACUCAGAGAUCGUCUUUGCCCGGACAUCCCCGCAGCAGAAGCUGCUCAUCGUGGAGAGCUGUCAGAGGCAGGAUGCUGUUGUCGCGGUGACAGGGGACGGCGUCAACGACUCUCCGGCUCUAAAGAAGGCAGACAUCGGGAUCGCCAUGGGGAUAGCGGGUUCCGACGCAGCCAAAAACGCAGCCGACAUGGUCCUGCUGGAUGACAACUUCGCCUCCAUCGUCACAGGGGUAGAGGAAGGUCGCCUGAUCUUUGACAACCUCAAGAAGACCAUCGCGUACACCCUGACCAAGAACAUCGCCGAGCUGUGCCCCUUUCUGGUCUACAUCAUCGCAGGGCUCCCGCUGCCCAUCGGCACCGUCACGAUCCUGUUCAUCGACCUGGGCACGGACAUCAUUCCCUCCAUCGCCCUGGCGUAUGAGAAGGCUGAAAGUGACAUUAUGAACAGGAAGCCGCGCCACAAGAAGAAGGACAGGCUGGUGAACAAGCCCCUGGCCGUUUACUCCUACCUGCACGUCGGCCUCAUUCAGGCCCUGGGAGCUUUUGUUGUGUAUUUCACCGUGUACGCACAGGAGGGCUUUCGACCCAGCACCCUCCUUAACCUCCGGGUGACGUGGGAGAAGAACUACGUGAAUGACUUGGAGGACAGCUACGGACAAGAGUGGACGAGGUACCAGAGGAAGCACCUGGAAUGGACGGGCUACACCGCGUUCUUCGUUGGCAUCAUGAUCCAGCAGAUAGCAGACCUGAUCAUCAGGAAGACCCGGAGGAAUUCCAUCUUCCAGCAGGGUCUCUUCAGAAAUAAAGUCGUCUGGGUGGGAAUUGCCUCGCAGAUCAUCAUCGCGUUAAUCCUCUCCUACGGCCUCGGGAGGUUCCCGGCCCUGAAUUUCACGAUGCUCCGGCCUCAGUACUGGUUCGUGGCUGUGCCAUACGCUGUUCUGAUUUGGGUGUAUGAUGAGGUGCGGAAACUCCUCAUCAGGCUCUACCCUGGAAGCUGGUGGGACAAGAACAUGUAUUAUUAAGACCGCCUUACUUCCCAAGCCCCACAGCUGCACGUCGGAAUGUUCUUCACCUUCUGGCCGCCGUCUGGGCGAGUGCUGCUGCGGGGACGUCAUCAGAACUGUAGGAAAGAUACUCACUGAUGUUCUGUAAUUUAAAAGAGAGUCAACUUUAUAUGUGAUUUUAAUUCAUAUACCUAUUUCCUUAUUUAAAAAUAUGUGAAUUUCAAGGCAACGGCGUAGGGAAGAAUGGUAUGUUUGUAUGUAUGUGAAGCUCUCUGGUGUUAAAUAGUAUCUGGUAGUCCAGACAUCUGCUGGGGCCUCCCUGUUUCUUAAGUCCCAGAUAGGACUGCUCAAACCUCCAUUCCACACUCUGUUAAAAGUCCAGUGACCUCCCUAAGAUUCCUGGGAAUUCCUGGGGAAUAUAUUACUUCACAGUCACCUUGCUCAGAAAAGCCCAGUGCAGCUAGCCAUUGGCAAGGGAAGAAGUGAUGGCAGGUUGACGUCACGGCAACUUGGACGACCUCAGCUUGACCCCGAGGCAGCCUGGAAGGUCCUCAUCCCGCCUCCCAGCGCCUCAGGUUCUUUGUCCCCCCCCCACCCCACCAGCUCAAACACAGAGCGCCCAGGGCGUUGGCAUAGCCUGACUCCAGGUGCCCCCCGACCCAGAGGCGCUUUCCUCUGCCAGGAGUCAGCCUCGGUGGGGGACCGUGGUGGCUUCACACGCAGUGUUGAUUUCUCGUGAGAGAGCUGCAGCACUCACGUCACGUUUCAGGCUUUAACUUAGGCUUAUUCACAUGGGACACCCCAGGAGGGGCCUCAUUUUUAAGGAAAAGAUGUUUUAUGAAACUAGGGCUGAGAGCGGUGUUCUAAUUAGAGUUUGUCUGAAAUGCAGAGCGUAGGACAGAAAAAAAUGAGAUGUGAUGUCAAUGUUUGUUUGUUUGUUUUUACUUCUUUUGGUCAUCCUACUUUUCCAUGGAAAGUCGGAACUCCUCCUUCACCAGCAUCGUUGCUUUGUCCCCUUUCUGAUGGGUGCACAAUUUUAAGUCAGAAUUUCUGUGGAAGGGUCCGUCUUUCGUCAGCAGCGCAAGAGAGAAAGCUGUUUUCAUAGCCUUUCCGUCAUCAGCUGCACGCCCAGCACACACUGAUUGACCGCAUGACACGUGGUAAAGUUUCCCCAUUCGGUGGGCUGCUCCGCUGCCGCCUCUCCGUCAUUCAUGCAGACAAGGACAUUCUGCUGCUGACGGCGCUCGGUUGUGUCUCUGGAGCAGGAAAAGGGAGUCUUGGAGCCACGGUUCUCUGCCAUGUUCUCGGGGCCAUCAUUGUAACUUCAUGUAAAUAGAUUAUAAUGUACUGUGUCAUUGUGUGUGUGUGUUUAAGUUAAAAUAAUGUAUUUAAUCUCAAGGUUUUAAUCUGUCUUCAGCCACAGUUAUCACUGGACUCAUCUGAUGUUAGUAGUUCCGUGAACUGGAACCCUUUCCAGGCAGCAUCAUGACACCUCAUUCCAGUCUUGACAGGGCAGUGAUGCGUGCUACGCUUCAGCGGAGAAGCACUUGUCUGCGCUCUUUUCCCUGCCAGGCUGUCCGAGUGCCCCUCGCUGUGAUGGCUGGCAGCUUGUGGUCCUGCCAGAGCCAGUGGGAGAGGGCUGUAGGUAGAGCACAAAGCUGUAAGGGGUUCAUCGUGGGGCCGGGUUACGCUUGAAAGGAGUUAACUUUGAAGUAGACGUCUCUUCACAGCAGGAACCUUGUCUGGAAUAACUUUCAUAUUGUACAUACCUACCCUUGCAAAACGUUGACUCAGAUAUUUGUAAAAUGAGUAAGUAAAUUUAAGGAAUCACAGAAAUGAGACUGGUUAUAUCAAGUAGCUUUAUUAAGUUGUAAACAGAAAAGAGGCAAUAAAAUCUCAUAUCCGAAGGUUUUUGUUUUGUGC